UCGACCUCUCCCCACACUGCUGGGUAUCCCCGUCUCUCGGAUACCUUGUACCCCACAUAGGAGAGCGGGGGUCCCAGGGUUCAGACACUUUAUAAGUUGUUUUCGCAGCAUAUUUCCCUUAACUCCUUGAGGACCAGUCCAUUUUUGCAUUAGUUUUUUUCCUCCUUCCCUUCUAAAACUCUUGAGGGACAGUUAUAAUUGUUCCUUUGAGGAUGAGGAUCUACUGACAAAGUGAGGAGCCUAUGAUGUGCAGGUGUCAGACAAUGUAGAGAAGAUGGAGCUGGAAGACGUCCUGGUGUCUGAACCAGAUGGUGAAUAAAAGAAAAGACAACAGACAAGACGUCACUCAGAUUUUUGCCUUCAAUAUGGAUUACCGAAGCCGUGAAUUGUCGUGGACAGCACGGGCUGACACUGCCUUUGCCAGAGACCACUCUGCAGGUGCAGAAAGUAGUCACAAGUCGGAAAUCAAGCGUUCACUUCGUAAUCUCCUACAGAAAAGAUCGAGGGUAUGGUGGAAUAAGAUUACUUUGAAAAAAUACCUAGCACAUGGAUUGAUUCCCAGGGGGCUGCGAGUCCAGGUUUUUCCGUCUUUCCCAGUGACAAACGACUCUUUUAAGGAGAAGUGGGAGGCCGCUUGCACCACCUGCUCUAGGGUCUUUUUACAAUUACUGGUGGGACAUAAUUUACGCACCCUCCAAUAUAUGGAACCUGAAAUUGAGGAGUUGUCCUCAAAAAUACGGACUGACCUCAGUAUUGAGGAAUUCAAUCAGUGGAACCAAGAACUGGACACAUGGUUCAAGGAUUGGGAGUCCAAAAUUGAAUCUACAAAGAUCAAAAAAUUCCAGAGAGAUUUACAGGAUUUACAACUAAACAGGAUGUAUAGAUGGAAGCAUGAACAAAGCGCCCUACUACGUACCACCUCCAUGUCAUCAGUCUCACCAGCAGGAGCACAAUCAGGGGCCUCAUCUGGGACCUCUAGUUGUCGUAGAUUUGCUGGCAAUCGUCAUCGUAUGGAUUAUAGCCAACAACAGGGUGAAAGACGCCAAACCAGACAACAACAGAACCAGACUCGUUCUGGUCCUCCUUUGAAGCAGAGACAUUCAUUUGUUUGCACGCAAGUUGAUCCUACAUAAAUUGCAUAACAGACGGGAUAAUCUACCUGAUCAAGACAAAUUAUUUUCUACUAUUUACCAAGCAGUGUUACGAGAUUUACAGUCAUUAUUGGAUGAACAGAAUUCUUUAUCCUCUGACAGGCAACAACUAUCCCAAAUAUUGGACGACGCAAAAGAAAAGAGCAUCAUUACAACACAACAGAUGGAAGGUUUGAUACUGAAACAAUUCCGACUAUAUAUCUUCUACCCAAGAUCCACAAAGAUCCUCACCUCCCCCUGGACGACCCAUCGUUUUGGGUUCCAACUCUCUUACACAGACCACAGACUUUUGCUCCAGCACGGUGAAGGGCAAACAACAAGACGAAUGAACAAAAUAAUCGUACUGACACCCCGGAAGAAGCCUUCAUUGGUGAAACGUUGGGUGGCGGGUGGCUGUAGCGCCGUACUCCUUGCUCCACUUGGUAAAGUAUUUUAUUAUCUCUGUCCAGUUUUGGUUUUGCCCUACCUAUUAUGCAUUAUUGAUCCCCUGGGGUUUCUUUGUCUGCUCUAUGAUUUUCUGUACUUACCUGUGGUCCGAGCAUACUUGCUGGACCCGACCUUAAUACUCAAUCCACAAUAUAUGAGCAGCAGUCUCUUUCAUUAAUCCACGGGAGUCAAUGUUUAUUGUGCACUAAUUACUCACCCCUUUUUCCUGGCAGA